AUGGAGCAGAUAGUGAAGGAGAAACUGAAACAUCAAAGGGACGAGUAUGAAGGAACUAUUAAACGUCAUCAGAAAUUCAUUGAUCAGCUGAUAACUGACAAAAAGUCAUUGAAUCAGCAAUGCGAGAGCUUGAUUGAGGAAAUGAGAAUAUUGGAAGAUAGAUACUUCACUAAUACUAAGGCUAUCGAGCAUAGACACCAAGUUGAGAUGAAAAAAAUUAAAGAUAUGCAAAUUGCUAGUGAAAAAAUCAGAAGAGAAAAAUGGGUCAGUAACAGAACUCAAAAAAUUAAGGUUCAACCUCUCCUGCCAAAGGCAAUCACUGCUACCCAACUCAUACAAAACGAUGAUCUACUCAACGAACAAACUGCAGAAACGACCCGAGUGAUCGUAAAAACCCUACAUGUUUGA